AUGCAGCACAUGUACGGCGCAGGCGCCCUGCUGGCGCUGGCGCUGGCGGCCAAUACCGUCGUGGUCGCAGGAGACUCGAACUGUUACGAAGAGAAAGGCAACUGGUAUUGCUCUCAGGUCGACGCCAUUUCGUAUUCCAACUUCGGGACUGCUGGCCAGUACCAGAAGGUGACGGAGAUGGGAUCGGCUGGACAGUGCCAGUUUGCUGCUCAGUCUUACCAGGGAGGCAUGGCUCCUUUAGACGGAGAGGUUUCCUGGCAUUUUAGAGGUCCGAUCCGUUUGAAGCAGUUCGCCUUUUACACGUCUGGUGCGAGUGAGACCAAAAGGUCCAUCCAACCCUCGCCCCAUCAGCGCAGGUAUGCACAUAAGCACCUUCAUCAUCAUGAACGUCAAGCUAGUGCCGUCGAAGAAGAGCAGCAUGCUGAAGAGAAGCGUGGCGUCGGCGACUGGGUCACGGCCGUCAUCGAUGGACAAACAGUCUCCUGGAUCAAUCAGUGGUCAGGUGUUGCGGCGACUUCGGCUGCAGGAUCAGCUGCUGCAUCCCCAUCUCCUACAGCUGUAUCCUCAGCAUCUGCCGUAGAAGCCUCUUCAGCUGCUGCAUACCGUGCGCCUGCUUCCUCCGCAAGCGCGAGUGUUGGCACCGGGCAGUGGGGAAGGCAGGCAUACUACAACGCAGAGCAGGGUGUGGCAGAUGGCCUGGUCUUUCUCAAUCACCAUGGCGGGCAAGGGUCGGGAGUAUUUGACACUGUUUGGGGCAUGUCCUUGUCAUAUGCCUCUGCCGACAACACGGCAGGUUCUGCAUCGCCCGUCGCAUUGGCAGAUACUCUGAUCGGCGACAACAGCGAGUUCCUAAUCAUGACCGACAAACCAUGCGCAAACGGCGCGUGUGGCACAGUCCGGGACGGCACCGUGGCUUACCAUGGCUUCGAUGGUGCUUCGAAACUUUUCCUUCUCGAAUUCAGCAUGCCGCUCUCUGGGGCGACGGGUUUCAACUCUGACAUGCCGGCUGCUUGGAUACUCAAUGCGCAGAUUCCUCGAACCAUUCAGUAUGGCAGUUGCUCAUGUUGGCAAUCUGGUUGUGGGGAGUUCGAUGUAUUUGAGGUCUUGGAUUCGGGCAACCAGAAGUGCAAGUCGACUUGGCAUGGCGCUCAUUCGCUCGGUGAUUCGAACUGGUUUCAACGACCGAUCAACGGAACCAAGAAAGCCGCUGUUGUCUUUGAUGGGACCUCGAGCACAGCUCAUAUCAUAUGGUUGUCAGACGAUACCAACUUUGACACAACUAUUUCCCAGUCAACCGUGGCAGGGUUUCUGAGUUCGAUAUCAAACCCCAAUUUGAACAUCAAGGUUGCUCUGGGAAGUUGA